AUGGCGGCGGAAAGCGUCCGAGUUGUCCGGGAGGAGCCGGAGGAGGAGGCGGUGCAGUCAGAGCUCCCGGCGCGCAGUCAGAGCCAUGUCCAAUUCCCGCCCCGCCUUCUGGCACACACCCGCAGCCUCAGCCACACGCACUUUGGCGCACCGUCACAGAAGAAGCGCACCUGCCGCCUCACCCACAGCCUCUCCGCCAUGGCCCGUGGGGAAAACGGCACCCAAGGGGGCCUGGCUGCAGCGGGAAAGAUGCUCAAGCCCACUGAGGCACUGUUAGACGCCAAAGUCCCUCAACAGACGGACCUGAAUCAGAAGCUGUCAGUGUGCAACAAGCUGUGUUUCGCCAUCGGCGCCGUCCCCAAAGAGGUUGCAGCCAGUGCCACGGCCUUUUUCCUGCAGAUCUACCUGCUGGACAUUGCCCAGAUCAACGCCUUCCAAGCCUCCAUGGUGCUGUUUGUCGGAAGAGCCUGGGGGGCCGUGGUGGAUCCAGUUGUGGGCUUCUUCAUCAACAAGACCAAGUGGACCAAGAUCGGAAGACUCAUGCCAUGGAUGCUUGGCGUUACACCCUUCUUGGUGGUGUCCUACUUCUACCUCUGGUACGUUCCCCCCUUCAUUAACGGGAGGUUCGUGUGGUACCUCGGCUUCUACUGCCUCUACCAGACCCUAAUCACAUGCUACCACGUGCCUUAUUCCGCUCUUACCAUGUUCCUAAGCACAGACCAGGGGGAGCGUGACUCUGCCACCGCCUACCGAAUGACUCUAGAAGUGUUGGGCACCUUGGCCGGCGCCGCCAUCCAAGGUCAGAUUGUGGCCAGCGCCCACGGACUCAAACACUGCCAAGGGAACAACGCUACCGUCAAUGCGCUUAACAACAGCGGAGGUGCGGAGGUUGUUCGGAGUUUGGUGCGCUCGAAGGAAUACAUGACACAUGCUAAGGAAGUUUACAUGAUCGCUGCUGGUGUCAUCGGGGGAAUCUUCCUGGUCUGCACUGUGGUCAUGUUCCUCGGAGUGAAGGAGAAAGACGAUCCUUACGCGCCAAAGACAGAGAAGCAGAUUCCGUUCCACCGCGGCUUUAUCAUGGUGAUGCGUCACGGGCCGUACCUCAUCCUCACUGCCGCUUUCCUCUUCAUCCUGGUGGCCAUUCAGCUGGUGCAGAACAAUUUUGUCCUCUUCUGCACGUACGCUGCAGACCUGAGGGAACACUUCCAGAAUAUCGUGCUGACCAUCCUGGUGUCUGCCGUGGUAAGCAUCCCUCUGUGGCAGUGGUUCCUGCAGAAGUUCGGGAAAAAGACGGCAGCUUUUUGCGGCAUCACGUGGAUCAUGCCGUUCAUAAUGAUACUCGUGUUCGUCCCCAACGUGGUGGUGGCUUACGUGGUGGCAGUGUCAUCCGGACUUAGCGUCGCCGCCUCGCUGCUUCUGCCAUGGUCAAUGCUUCCUGACGUAGUGGACGACUUCCGGCUGGCCAAUCCGUACUGCAAAGGCCAUGAGGCCAUCUUCUACUCCUUCUACGUCUUUUUCACCAAGUUCGCCGCCGCCGUCUCGCUCGGCGUCUCCACCCUGUGUUUGCAGUUCGCAGGGUACGACAAUGGCGCCUGCAAGCAGCCGGCCGCCGUAGUGUACACGCUCAAACUACUCAUCGGCGCCGCCCCGGUGGCAUUCAUCAUCACAGGCCUCCUGAUCUUGCUUUUGUACCCCAUCACGGAAAAAGUGCGACUGCGCAAUAAACUACACCUGGAUGAGCUACGAAAACAAAGCUGCGUCUCCAGAAGUUCAGAUGACUUGGGCGUGAUGUGA